AAUGCGUUCAGGUUUUGUGCUCUUAUUCUGAAAGUCCACACCAGCAGCAGAGUGUGUGCAGCCGGCGGCUUGACGCUGAGGGAGCGCGAGUCUCCAGCAGCAGCAGCAGAAACGCCCUGCAUCCUCCCUCCUCUCCUCCGACAUCCAUCCGCCGCUCUCCUCUGCUUCCAGGACUAGUCUGACCCGGUAGAAAGACGGAGCAGAACCGGGACAUGGCCGUUUAGCGCUGGACGGAACCAACCGCCGCAGACAUGGACCCCGCACCGAUCUCCUUCCUGAUGCUGCUCUGCGCCGUCCUGCGCGUCCACGCUUCUGCUGACAGGAGGUUCGGUUGUCUGUUUGAGGGCGAGUUGUGUUCACCAUAUGAGAUCUGCAUCAAUGAUGGUGUGUUUGGGAGGUGUCACUCUGUUCCAGUGAAGGAGGUUUACACCUACGACGUCUCGCCGUCUGUGGUGCAACGCUUCAGGAUGCUGCUGGAGAAGCUCUCCAACAGAGGUCUGACGUGGCAGGACGACGCCACGCAGCUGAUCCUGGCUCAGGAAAUGUCCAAACUGAGGAGGAUUCCCUACAGGCUGCAACAGGGCGGAGCCGUGUACGGCACCAACAGCAGACCAGCAGCCGUGGACCCAGUGGACCAGAGGUUGAAGCCAGUGGAGGUGGAACUGAGCAGGAACCUGCAGACGUACCUUCAGCGUCUGGGCCUGCUCCCCAAGACGCCGUCGGCUGCUGGCCAGAGUGAGCGGUUCCAGGCGGGCGUCUCUCUGGACUCCUACCGCUCCCGGCCUCAGGCUGCGGCUCAGAAGUCGUCUCCCUCCAGCUUCUCCGCUCUUUCGCUCCAACCCGUGCAGCAGCAGAGACCUCCGGCCGCGCCGGCCGAGGGCGACCUCCUGCUCGCGGCCCUGAGGCGGUACCUCUCCAGGCAUCUGGCCCCGCACGCUGGGAGGCUGAGCCCGGAGGAGCAGGGGGCCCCCUCUCGCCUCAGGCCCGACUACAGCCAUGGAGCAGAGAACCCUGGGAACUCAAAGUCCUGGCUUCAGACGGGAAGAACUCAAGGCUCCUCCGUCAAGAGUCCGCUCACGUCUGUGGACGAGAGGUUCAUCCAGAACGUGUUGAAGAACGUUGGCCGGCAGCACGUUGACGUGGACAACCUGACGCCCAAGGAUCUGGACCAGCUGUCCGGCCUGAUCGCCGACGCUCUGCAGGUGGUCGACCGCGACCCAGGCAGCAGGGGCCCGGCGAGGGUCCGACCGGGGCCCAGAGCCGUGGAGGGGGAGCUGAGGGAAGGAGACGAGGAAGAGGAGAAGGCUCCGAGCGCGGAGCCAGAGAAGCAGCCUGCAGAGACGGCGGCGCUGCACGAGCGCAACACGGAAGAGACGGGCGAGCAGAGCGUCAAGGAGCAGCCGGGCAGUGGAAACCUGUUCAGCAAACUCCUCGCCUACCUGGACCAGACCUCCUCCAGCAAAGCCUCACCCGACGACGCCGCGGAGACGCCUCAGAGCCGACAGGUGGGACUGGAGAACGUCCAGAGUCGCACCAGCGAGGCGGGAGUGGCGCUGCAGAAGAAGGACGCCACGCAGUCGGUGGAGGAGGUGUCGGAGGUGGAGGGAUGGAUCAAAGAGGUGGCGCCGCCUCCGGCCGCGCUCAUGUUCGACGAGCCGCACAAGAAGACCAUGCACGUCCCAGAACUCCAGCUGGACGUCAAAGCCGGCAAGAAGAAGAAGGACGACGUGUUUGGUUACGUCAUCACAGACACAGACGGCCUCCAGACGGACCAGGGCCUCCACCUGAUGGAGAUGCUGGCCCGCCGGGCCAAGCUCCAGAUGACAGACUUCUCCGAGCUCUCGGUGGUGGGACCCGCUGUGACCUUCAAAGUGAGACCCAACAGCCAGAACGUCAGCACCGCAGAUGUGGCCAACGUGGCUGUUCAGCAGAAAGCGGCUGUGGAGAAGGAGGCCAAGCUCAGCAUCCUGGAGGCCGGCGUCGCAGACGAGAGCCAGAUCAACCAGAUCCCCACCAAGUACAGCCAGGCUGAGUCCACCAAGUUCCUCAUCCUCACCGUGGUCUCCAUCCUGUGCAUCGCGGCCGUGCUGCUGGCCUCCACCGUGGUCUACUGCCUCCGCCACCGCUCCCACCACAAGCUCAAGGAGAAGCUCAGCAGCCUGGGAACGGAGACAAGCAGCGAUGCUACCGCCACCUACCAGGAACUGUGUCGCCAGCGCAUGGCUGUCAAACCCCCGGCCGAGCGCCCGGAGCCCAUCUCCUCCCGUAUCAACAGCGUGUCGUCCCAGUUCAGCGACGGCGGCCAGGCCGUCAGCCCGUCGGCGCGGAGCAGCAUCUCCUCCUGGAGCGAGGAGCCGGCGCACUCCAACCUGGACAUCUCCACCGGACACAUGAUACUGUCUUACAUGGAAGAUCACCUGAAGAACAAGGACCGUCUGGAGAAGGAGUGGGAGGCGCUGUGUGCCUACCAGGCCGAACCCAACGCCUGCACCGUCGGCCUCAAGGACGGCAACGCCAAGAAGAACCGCUCCAGCGCUGUGGUGGCGUAUGAUCACUCCAGAAUCACCUUGAAGGUGGAGAACAGCCAGGGCAACUCGGAUUACAUCAACGCCAGCCCCAUCAUGGAUCACGAUCCCAGGAACCCAGCCUACAUCUCCACUCAGGGCCCCCUGCCCUCCACCGUGGCUGAUUUCUGGCAGAUGGUGUGGGAGAACGGCUGCGUGGUCAUCGUGAUGCUGACGCCGCUGGUGGAGAGCGGAGUCAAGCAGUGCUACCAUUACUGGCCCGACGAGGGCUCCAACCUCUACCACAUCUACGAGGUCAACCUGGUGUCCGAGCACAUCUGGUGCGACGACUUCCUGGUCCGGAGCUUCUACCUGAAGAACAUGCAGACCAACGAGACGCGGACCGUCACUCAGUUCCACUUCCUGACUUGGCUCAACCAGAACGUCCCGGAGACCAGCCGGACCCUGCUGGACUUCCGCAGGAAAGUUAACAAGUGCUACCGGGGACGCUCGUGUCCCAUCAUCGUCCACUGCAGUGACGGCGCAGGACGAUCCGGGACCUACAUCCUGAUUGACAUGGUCCUCAACAAGAUGGCUAAAGGUGCCAAAGAGAUUGAUAUUGCAGCAACUCUGGAGCACCUGCGGGACCAGAGGCCGGGAAUGGUUCAGACCAAGGAUCAGUUCGAGUUCGCUCUGACGGCUGUCGCUGAGGAGGUGAACGCUAUUCUGAAAGCUCUGCCGCAGUAGAGCCCCCCCCCUCCCCCCACGUCCUCGCUGAGGCUCCGCCUCCCGGCUCCUCCCACCUCCUGUCCUUCCUCCUGUGUUCCCCUCUCAUUUUCACUCCCACGCUCAGCGUUCCCUCGUUCCUGUUUCCUCGUGUCGUCACUUCCUCCAGAUCCUCUAUCUCCUUUAACUUAUUACACCUCUUGUCUCAUCUCACCCAACACUGAACCAACAAUGUACAUAGGUAGAUCGUCCUUCUGUUGUAAAGACCCAUGCAGCCUGUGUUCACAUUUUAAUAGAGUGAUACUUCUCUAUCUUCUGUAUAUUUGUUAUAGUUUCUGCUUAGUUUUGUUGAGUGUUGACCUCACGGCCGUCAUGUGGGUGAAGCAAUACGCAUCUAACUGGAUUAAAAUCAGCACCAUCCACAUUCAGUCAGACGAGAGAAUGGCAUGUUCUACCAAACCGACGGCUCAGAUCGAUCGGCGUGAUGUCAUCGACGCAGUGGCAUGAUGUCAUUGAUACGGUGGCAUGAUGUCAUCGGCACAGGGGCGUGAUGUCAUUGAUACGGUGGCAUGAUGUCAUCGGCACAGUGGCGUGAUGUCAUUGAUACGGUGGCAUGAUGUCAUCGGCACAGUGGCGUGAUGUCAUUGAUACGGUGGCGUGAUGUCAUGAGUAGAUACGAGAGUCGGUACAAGCGGCUUCAUUUGAACUAGAUGCAGGAGGGGAACAGGAGCAGCUGUUACUGAUGCUAAAACUGUAAAUGAAAUGAGGUGAAGGGAAGUAAUAUUUUAUCAUCGUAAUCUCUGGUAGACGGCCGGUUUCUCAGUAAAGUAAUUCUAACGUCUGCCUUAAUGACAACGCGUGGUCGGACUCAUAGCCGUGUCUGAAAGGGCUCAUUCCAGCCGACCAACGUGUGGACGGAACGCUGACCACUUUAAACCCGUAUAAAUCAGAACCACUGUCACCUGGAAUGAGGCGUGAGGACACUUCCGAUGGAUAAGCGUCCGUUUGGCUUCUCGCCGGUUCUUCUAUGUAGCGUUACUGAAGGGUCUGUAGACGUUCUGUAGCCAAACCUGUGGAUCCAAAGGAAUCUAGGAAUGAACCGCGUGAAAGCAGCAGAACCCACAGCAUCGUGAUGUAACGAUAGCCUUCACUCACCUCCAUUCAUUUCUAGUUGUGUGACGCUACUAGAGCCUUGCUGUUUAUUCAGUGUUGUGCAUUUCCGUGGCCUCCACAUGAGCUUAGCAGACGUUGGUUUAUCUAUUAGCCGCUCGCGUGAGACUGCGAGAGCCGAAGGAUCAUCACGUUUAACCUUCGCGAAUCACGGUUAAAUCAGUAGAAAAACUUAGCGGCCUCAACGUGAUGUAACAGUGCAGCAUUGGAGUCCAUUUUUCACCACCAAACCCCAUCCUGCUGCACGGAGCUCCCGUUAGGAGCCCUUAAGGCCCAGCGUUGGGUUUGCCUUUCACAGAUGCUGUCACACUGCAGUGGGAGUUAGGGCGCUGGUUGCAGGAAGCUCCGUCGGUCAGACCCCCCGCUGCUCGUCUGCUGCAACACUGUACAGGAAUCAGAACCACAAACAACAGAUGAUAUUUUGUUCUAUUGGUGUAAACAACUUGUGAAUAAAGUCUGACUGUGGACGCAUCGCAA